AUGGAUCGCCAGCUCCCCUGGAGAACUAGCAAACCGCUUCCACGGGUGCCGGAAAAGCCUCGAGUUCAGUGCCGCUUCUAUACGCAAGGAACUUGUCUGAAAGGGGCAGCGUGCCCAUUCUCGCACGAUGCUGUCGACAACGCAGUCCCUCUUCCGCUGGAGUCGAAACCUCAGCCAGGCCCGGCACAGCAAUGCCGAUAUUUCGCCGCCGGCAGCUGUGUUAGGGGAAGCACCUGCCAUUUUUCCCAUGAACCCGCGCCAUCUUCUGCAGCACCUCAGGUAGACUCAUCAUCUGCCCCUCCAUCGCCAACCGACUCCCGAAAAGAAGUACCGUGCCAGUUCUUUGCCAGAGGGGCUUGCCGGAAUGGCGGCAGUUGCCCGUUUGCACACAUCCGAACGGAGAGCACUAAUGUUGACCAUCAACCCCCGAAUGCGACUGGUGAUGAGAGCCAUGACGCACAUGACGACGAGCCUGAUAACGAUGACUGGUCUCGAGUGUUUGGCGGAGCCAUAGCACUGUUUGGGGUCGGUGCAACAGUUGCAAAAAUAUCUCUUCCGACCGACUUCUCCGCCGUCCUUCUCGAAAACCUGGCCGCGGACAGCUCUCCGACGUCCGUCAAGGCGCUACUUUCCAGACUCGAUGUUGAUAUCUCUUCAGAGGAUAUUCGGAUGAUCACCAUUCCGAAUUCGGACGUGUGCAGUGCCAGCAUCACUGUUGAGGAUCCAGCGUUUGCAAAGACCCUGUGCUCCAAAUUUCUCGCUGCUUACAGAAAACCGCCUGGUGUCAAGGUUACGCAAGCGCAGGUCCCCAUGCCGCGAGAUUCCAGUCUUCAACGUGUGGAAUGCCGAAGAGUUCUGGUUUCCUGGCAUCGAUCAGUUCGGAAUGUUUGGCUCAACUACUCCGAGGAUCGGAUUGCACAGAGGGUAUAUGACAAGUUCAACAAUGGCACGUACACAAUAAAUGGUGCCACAGUCAAGGCAAACCCCCCAGAGAGUAGCAAAAACCAAUGGAACGCUCUGGUGUGGACUGUGAUGCUCACCGGCGUGGAUGGAGCUGUCAACCGGCACACAAUUUCCAAGGCGUUGCCGAAAUCUGACACCCCAAAACACAUCGAACUGGCGGCCCCAACGUACCACAUGACUACCGAACAAGCUAUUGCUGCGGUCGAAUCAAUGUUGCGGCAAAUCGGACCCGUUGAGUGGCAUCGGGCUUCGUCAAAUUCUAAGGGAAAACGCAUAAAGCUCCAAGCUCGCUUCUUUGACGAAGCCCACGCGAGAGAGGCAGCAUCAGUGCUUGACAACAAACCGCUUCCGUUUAGCGAAUCGGCACGGCUCACCGUGCGGUUGGCGACAACGACCAAAGUUAAGGUCUCGGCACGAAUUUAUGUUGCUAUCAGCGAAGCACUGGCAUCUCAGGGGUCCAAGUGGGAACUGGAACAUGUGAAGUUUGUGGCAUACCCUCCGUCCAAUGGCUACCGGAUGCUGAAGCUGGAGGGGGAGGAUAGCAAAGCUGUCGGUGAGGCCAAAAAGACGUUGGAACAACUUAUUGGCGGCCAGGUCGUGAAAGGAGAAGGUAGUGACCUGUGGCACGCCAGCCUCCGUAAAAACGGACCCGAGUCUCAGAGACUCAAAGAGAUUGAAGGACGUUACGGAGUGGUGCUCGUCCGGGACUUGCGCAAAUCACAGCUUCGCGUGUUUGGGCCAGAGAUCAAGUGCCAAGAGGCUACUCGGUCACUUGAGAACUUGAUUGCAGAUAUCAGCUCCUCGUCCAGCCUCGCUCAUGUCAUUGAGCUCGGUCCUGACGACUUCCAUUGGGCGUGCAGAGGAGGGUUUCAGGCGCUCAGGGCGCAACUUGGUGAUGCCAAAGCUACCUUUGAUAUCACCUCGACGCCGAAACGCAUCCUCAUUCACGGAUCCAAGGCGGACUCGACUGUGGCGAGAGCCUUCAUCUCUGAUAGAAAAGAGAACGGGGCCAACACUAUCUCAUCCGACACCGCCUGUCCGGCAUGCUUCUGUGACGCGGAUGACCCUCUUCGGACGUCCUGUGGACACACUUACUGCUCCGAGUGCUUCUCUAAUCUCUGCACGGCUGAAGGGUCAACUACCAACAUUUUCCGCAUCACCUGUGUCGCUGAAUCUUGCAACAAAGCCCUAGAGCUCCCCGAGCUGCGAGACCUGCUCUCUUCCGCCUCAUUCGAAACCCUCUUGCAAUCUUCAUUUGCCUCUUACAUCCGCCAAAACCCAACAGAGUUUCAGCAUUGCCCGACCACAGACUGCAAACAAGUCUACCGCGCCAGUAGCACCGAAUCUUUAGCAACCCACACUGUCUCUCCCACCUUUACGUGCCCGGAUUGCCUAGUAUCAAUCUGUACUUCUUGCCGCGUCUCUCAUACGCCACUAUCUUGUGCCGAACACCGCUCUAAUCAUGCUGAGGGUGCCGAAUUCUCAUCUGAGCAGAAGGCAAAGCUUGGUAUUAAGGAAUGUCCACGCUGUCGGGCCGGGAUUGAGAAGAAUGGUGGGUGCAAUCAUAUUUCGUGUAGCUGCCGUGCGCACCUGUGUUGGAAGUGCUUGGAGGUUUUCAAGACGAGUGAGGAGUGUUAUGCCCAUUUGAAUAGGAUGCAUGGGGGGAUUUAUGAUGAACAAGAUUUACUUUAUUGA